ACUACUACAAAAAGCACAUACGUAUAAAAUCAAGCAUGUUCUACUAGCACAAUCUGAUGUGUUAUAUCGUUUCACUGUUAAUCAAAACUAAAAAAUAACUAAGCAUAUCAAAUUAUAUAAUCGAUUAGACUUGAUUUACAUCAAAAUUGAAGAUAGUGCAAAUUAUCGAACGCAACACGGAAGAAAAAUGGAUCUCACUUCUGAUAUUUCUGAUACCGAAAAAUUUAAUGACAAAUCGAAAUCGAGAGUUGAAGAAAUUGAUAACCAGCUCUCAGAAACUGAACCACAAAACCAAACCAAAUCCGAGCAAAGCAUAUCUGAAAAACCACAUAAUGAAAAUUUUGAGAGUUUACCACCUAAUAUUGGAAUUACCAACGACACAAAUUCAGACGGCAAAAGUUCCGAAGAAAAUCCGACCAAAGAAAAUCAGACAAAAAUUGAAAAAAGUGAUGAACUUGAAGCUAAUGUAAAUGAUGCCGAAAGUUUAAAAGCCAAAAAAUUGGAGAACAGAAAUCUUCACGAGGAAUCCGGUAACAAAAAUCUGGAAAACAACGAAAAAUUAGCUGAAAACUUUGGAGCCGACAGUUCGGAAAACAAAAAUUUUGAUGUCACAAAAUCUGCUAUAGAGGCAGCCAAGAGCAGUGGAAACUUAGCCGAAAGUUUGAAAGUCGACAAUUCAGAAGAGCGAAAAACGAGUAAGGAGAUGGAACAAGACGUGAGAAGAAUGGCCGAACUGAAAGAACAGCGUGAACGCGAUACACAAGAGGUGAAAAAACGAGAACUGUUGCCGAGCUUCAAUUCGUUAUUGCAUGGAAAAUGUGUCAAUCUAUUGAGAGAAGCCGAAAUCUUUCUUCAGAAGGGUGAAAAAGACGAAGCGUUGACCAAGUUAACAAAACUAGUUAUGAUUCAACCAGCAUCACGUCCGUCUGAAGAUGGCCUGAAAUAUCAAUUAGCCGCCGCUGACUUAGCAGAACCUUACAAAUUGCGAGCUGAGAUUUAUUUGGACAUGUGUGAUUUCCAGUCGGCUAUUUUGAACUACAAGAAAGUGUGCCAUUUGCAGCCGGAAGAAGCCGGACACUUUGAGAGAUUAGCUUUCAUCUAUUUCUUCUACGGACAAGUGCUAUUCGACCAGGGACAGUUUCCAGAAGCCCUCGAGUGUUUUUCUCGUGCUGCUGAAAUGCGACCAGAUACUGUCGGCUACCACACGAGAAGCAUAGCUUGUCUGGCAUCUCUUCAGCGUCAUGGGGAGUGUCUGGCUCUCGUGAACCGACGCAUCGAAGCCGAGAGUGACAACCCAGACCUGUUCGUGAUGAGAGCACGACUUCACCAGUUGUUCGGAAACAGCACCCUGUGUUAUUAUGACGUCAGAGACGCCCUGGAACUGGAGCCAGAGUUGGAGCAGGCACUGGAAUUGAGAGAAGCGUUGUUCGAGAAAGCCAUACAACUCAAGAAUCAAGCGAUUGUGUUGAUGUUGGAAGACAAACUGCCCGAAGCACAGAGCAAAAUCAGCCAAGCCAUAGACAACGACCCGACAGUUGCCGAGCUACACGUGUUACGCGGCGCAAUUUACCGACGACUCGGCAAAUUCAACUCGGCAGUUGACGACUUCUUAUUGGCUCUCGACAAAACAGACCACGACGAAUCCUCUUCUCUCUACCGGGAUGCAAUGCGACAACUUAUUCUGAGUUAUAACGACUUUGCAGUUGAGUGUUUCGGCAAGGGAUAUUUCGAAGAGGCAAUUUCUCUGCUUAAUAAAUCAAUCCGAGCUGAGAAAAACGAAAAGGGACUUUAUAUCAACAGAGGAGACUGUUUCUUCCAUAUGAAAAACUACCAUUUCGCACUGGCCGACUACCAGCAGGCUCUGGACUUGGACUCCGACGACUGGGACAUUAAAUCACGCAUUUCUCUGAUAUUCAAUGAGUUUGCAAUCAUGGACUACUUUGAGAGGAGGUAUUUGGAGGCGGAGGAGAAAUUCACCCACGCAUUGCACCACAACCCAAAAGUGUCCCAAUACUACAUAUCCAGAGCCAGAGUCAGACACCUUCUGGAUUUCAAAAAAGGAGCGAGGGAAGAUGUCCUGUGCGCCAUGCAUUUGAGUCCCAACAACGAGGAGUUGUUUUCCCUAAUCGCCAGACUAUUCCCUGGAAAACAGAUAGCCGAGAUCAAAUCCAGCGCGCUAUACGUUGCCACAGUUAAACAGCUGCAGACGGCGUUCCAGAUAUCAGCACCAAAGAAACCACCCCAUUUUCUAAGACCACUGUCAAGCGCAAGCACAACGACUAAACUUGCCGAAAACUUGAGCAACGAAAUUCAAAUCUUGGUCGGACCUUCUCCUACUUCAUCAAGGUCAAUACAAGGUCAGAGGUCAGCAAGGUCACAGAGGUCUCAGAGAUCAUUGACCGAACAACGAAAAAAGAAAAGUUCAACCGGUGUUACAACAACAAGCCAACGUGUAUCGGAAACAAGGAACACUAGUUCGAAACUGGGUCGGGACUCGGGCAGUUUACGGAAUGAGUCAUCGAUCGGAAUGGCAGAUCCGGUUUCGAGAAGUGGCCGAAAAACAGCCGAUGAGCCUGAUUACGAAACUGGAAGGGAAAGCGUUUCGAUGUUCACAGAAAUUUCUUCGAACGAUUUCAUCGAACGCAAAAAACAGUUAAAUGAAGACGUGCGCAAAAUGUACCAAACAGCUCACCAGCUGGGAGGAUCACUGGCCAAAAGAUCAGAAGUACUGGUGAAUGCCAAUCACCUCAGGGACAAACACAACUCUAAGCCAUCUUCCAGGUGGUCAAGUUCAAAGAGAAACGAAGCGAAGAUUGACCUCUAAUACUAUUUUAGAUGUACAUUUGAUGUCAAAAUGCUGGUGACAUCAGUAAUUUUAAGCAACUUGAAAUAGUAAAAACAAAGAUUAUAGUUCAAUAAAGAGUUUUUGACAGUAUUUUACGUGUGAAGUUGGUAUUAUAAUUGA